AUGGACCAGAACCCGGAACAAACGCAUGCCAGCACUGCGAAAGCCCCGGUAGAAAUUAUUGUGGAAGCUCCAGCGGACAUCACAGCAGAGGGUCCGGUGGACAUCACAGCGGAGGCUCCGGUGGACAUCACAGCAGAGGCUCCAGUGAACCUCAAGGCAGAGGCUCUGGUGGGAGAGUGGAAUGACGUUGAUCAAGAAUCCCUUAAAGUCAUUCCUUAUCACGCGCGACUUUCAACUGCCAUGUUAGAUAUUACAACUCUCCAAAAUACUGGCUCUGAAGACUCAUCACAGUUAUCAGAAACAAUGCCAGAUGCUUCCUUGGAGGGGCCAUUCGGCUUGGGGCCUCUGGUAUUCUCUUCUUUGCAGCGUUUCAACAACAUUAACUACUUUCUAAUAUCAUUUAGUAUAUUAUCCCUAGCUCAAGGUAUUAUAUUUGGUCUUACUGAUGUGAGUACUGGAAAUUUUGAGAAGGAUUUUUAUCUGUCACGUGCAGAGGAUGUUAUAUUGACCAUUGCUUAUGAUCUUGCGUCUUUGUUGGUAGCAAUACUUGUAGCGCACUAUGGAUGUAGAGGGAACAGGUCAAAAUGGGUGGCAGCCUCUGCCUUUUUAGUAGGACUUGGAUCAAUUAUAUUUGCUGUUCCAUACUUGAAAUAUGAAAUUAUACGUCCAGUGGAAGAGUCUGAAGAGUUGUGCAUAGAUGAAGAACAAAGAACAAUGCCAAAUUGUGAGAAAAACGUAGUACCAUUCAAAUCAGAAAUCAUUUGUCUUUCCAUCAUCGGGCAGUUUCUCCAGGGAAUUGCAGGGAUGCCGAUGUAUAUCCUUGGUGUGACCUACAUUUAUGACAACGUUUCCACAUACAUGGCUGGCAUCUAUUUAGGUAUCGCGGAUGCUGCACAAAUACUGGGAUAUGGUCUGGGUUGUGCAGUGGGAUCACCAAACCUUAGGCCUUCAUUUAAUCACAGUUCUGAGAAAGUGAUAAAUGAGAACUUUCUUCUGUGGCAGUUCAAUUGGUUUGUUGGUUUUUUGAGUGCCACUCUACUCGCAUGGUUCACAUUUUUCCCAUUUUUAUGUUUUCCACAUAGUUUACCUGGUGCACACAAGCUAAAACUACACAAAGAAAAGGAUUCUCUUUACUUUUACAAGAAGCUUAAAAAUGUGAAAUAUGGAUCUCGUUUUCAGGAUUUGUUUCAUGCUCUUUGGUGUCUGUUGAGGAACCCGCUGCUGAUGUGCUACUCAAUAUGCAAGGCCACAGAGUCCUUGGCUUCUAUUGGAGCAGCAGAAUUUUUGCCAAAAUAUUUAGAAAAUCAGUUUUUGUUAACACCCUCAUAUGCCACUCUGCUCACAGGAACUAUUUUAGUUCCAGCAGGUGCACUUGGCAAUUUCCUGGGAGGUUUCAUUGUUUCCAAGAUGAAAAUGUCUUGUAAAAGCCAAAUGAAAUUUAUACUGGUAACAUCUAUUAUAUCACUUCUGCUUUUCAUAUUAAACGUUUUUGUAAAGUGUGAAAGAGUGAAAUUUGCUGGAAUCAAUGAAGAUUAUGAAGGUUCAGGUAGUUUGGGAAACCUCACAGCUCCAUGCAAUGCACACUGUGGUUGCGAAAGCACCAUGUAUUCUUCUGUGUGUGGAAGAGAUGAGACUGAAUAUUUCUCUCCCUGCUUUGCAGGCUGCCUUGCUUCUAAAAGCCUACAGUAUGAAAAGACAUUCUACAAUUGUUCUUGUAUUAAACAUGGAUUGGCAACUGAAGAUUCUGAAACUGAACGCAUUGAUGCCACUUAUGGAAAAUGUAACACACACUGUUAUGCAUUGCCUUUGUUUUUUGCUUUUUUCUUUUCUUCAAUUGUUUUUUCUAGUGCAGCUACUAUACCAAUCACCUUGAUUAUCCUCCGAACUUUACCUCCCAGUUUACAUUCACUGGGCAUAGCUGUGACCUAUACAACUUUGAGAUUAUUUGGAUCCAUACCGGGACCACUGAUUUUUCGAGUAACAGCGAAUAGUUCUUGUACUUACUGGGACAUUAAUAAAUGUGGAAUCAAAGGACGUUGUUGGAUCUAUAAUAAGAUAAAAAUGAUGUCCAUAUUGCUGGGAUUAUGUAUUUUUUGCAAAUUGAUCACAACCUUGCUUACUCUUUUGGCACUUCUUAAAUAUAAUGUUAUAAGAGUUGGAAGUGAGAAUGUAAAGAAAAAAAAAGGAACCAAAAAAAGAAAAUAAUAAUUAUUAACUGAUUUCUUCUUUGGUUUCCUGACCUCUGACAGAAAGGAUUUGAUGGAGAGAUCCCAUUUACAGGACUGGAGAAUCCGUGAGGGUCCAGGUUCUAACGACAGCAGUCUAUCCUCUGGAGAUUUUGUAAGAUUGUGGCAGUGUUAUAAUUUCAUAACAGAAAAUUAUCAGAAAAAGUAUCUAUGCGGAUUUUCACUUUAGUAAUAAAGAAUAUUUUAUUGAACAUUUUUGACCG